AUGGUAUCACCCAGCGUCAAUGUUAGACUAACAGGUGAUGAGCAUGCUUCUGAUGAUUCUUGGUGUGAUGAUGGGCUUCUGAAUGAAAUCUCAGAUGCUGACUUACACAGAGAACAGAAGAGGCGUUAUGAUCAAUUUUAUACUAUGGGUUAUAGAGAUGGUACAUCUGCAGGAAACGAAGCUUCCGCACAAGAGGGCUUCAACAUUGGCUUUAAGCAAUCUGCAAGCAGUGGUUACAAAUGGGGAAUUGUUAGUGGCAUCAUUGUUGGGCUGAUGGGCCUCCCAGAUCAAUUCAAAGAGAAGUUAGUAAAGGAGCUGGAAGACAGAGGCAGGUUUCAAAGUCUUUACAAGCCCGUUCAAAAGAUUUCCACCGACGAUGCUCUGGUAAUUAUGUAUCAUUUUCAACCGCUACAAGAAAAUACACAAUCUCGUCGAAGAUGA